GAAACCACACCACACAGGUAGCCCACCCCACGUGCCAUGCCACGUGACCAAGAAAGUCUGACUUUUGACCAGCCUCCCAGAGCCACCAUAUAUACCUCAAUCCUACGCUCUCAUAUUCCUUCCCCCAAACCAGAGAAAGAAAAACCACUCCCUUUUCUCCGUUCACAUUUCUUUCUUUGCUUUAUGGCCCUGAGUGGAACCAUGUCCAACCCCAGCGACUGGCUCCAAUACUACAACGUCCAGAACAACACCCUCUCCGGCCAAGCCCUCCCUUUGUCGUCCCACGGCGGCCACUUGUCCUCCGGUGCCGGCUUGUUCGGUCAAGACCAAGCUGUCUCUCAUCACGAAGCCACUGUCAUCACCACCACCACCACCACCGCUACAGCUUCUGCUGCGGCACCAAAUCCCAGCUCCAGUAACAACACCAACAGCUUGAGCCCGGAAGGCCGGGUUUCCAAGCCGGUCCGAAAACGGUCCAGGGCUUCCAGAAGAACCCCCACCACGCUGCUCAACACCGACACUGCGAACUUUCGCGCUAUGGUGCAGCAGUUCACUGGCGGCCCAAGUACGGCGUCAUUUACCACCCAGCCUGGUGCAACCAAUUUCAGUUUCGGACUUGGGGCCAGACAAGGGUUUGUGAACCCUAAUGCUUCAGUGAUGGUGCCACCUGGGUACAACCAUCUACAGCUUCAGCAGCAACAGCAAAACCCGUAUCUGCUUUCACUGAACAACAAUAAUACCGGUGAUAAUCAUGGGUUUGUUCAGAGAUUAAUGAGCUCGUCAUCAUCGGCAAGACCCACAAACAUGGGGGUUUCAUUUUCUUCUGAUGAGUUUUCGUCCCAAGUGCAAGGGCAGCCUAGUCUGGUUGGAAGUGGUAGGCCUAAUUCGAAUUCCUCCAAUGAGAACAGGAGCAACAGUUUCUUGUAUUGAGAGGGACACAAAGCUGAAAAGGAAGUUAGGUAGACUGACUUAUCUCUAGGGACACAAUUCUUGACCAAUGUACAUUAUUUUACUACAUCCGCUUUCUUUUCCAUAUAAAUUUUCAUACUAAAAUGUAUUUGUUUCCAAAUUUUAUUUCCACCGUUCUGCUUGUUCGAAAAUAUGUAUCUCGAGUCAGUAACGAUCAAGACUUGUAGGUCUAAUAGUUAAGAACAUUAACUUUUUUCAUAUAUUUAAGUUUGAGUCGAAUUUUUCAUUUUUAAUUUGUUAUUUUUUAUUUUAUAUCUUUCAAUUUCAGAUCGCUUCAAGUUUUUUUUUUUUUUUUUUUUUCUAAAUCCGACAAUGCUUUAAUUUGCUUUGUAGCUUCCUUCCUUUUAUUUGGUGAAGUUAUACAAUAAUCCGAUGAACCAGUCAUGAUGCGAAGGCAAAAUAUUGCUCAAGUAAUCUGUAUACAUUUUCUCUUGGAUGGAGCUUCUUUGUUUAGGAGUAAAGUAAUAUCACAUCAAUGUAGCUCUGAUCGAUGUUGGAUUUUGCUAUUUACAAAGCUGUACGAAUUCAGCCACCCUAUGAUAAUGGAGGAUAUUAACAUUUUCCCGGUUG